GCUCAGUGAGGGAGGUGGUGGCAGGAGAGCUGGAAGCUCUUUCCUGCAUGAAAUAGGACAGCCACUGAGGGGAGAUUAGCGACUAAUCUGUCGUUUGACGUGCAUGCGCAAAAUGCUCGACACACCAAGUAGGUUGGAUGGAUGGUGGGUACCAAACCUGCUGUGUCUCUCGUCUCUUGUUACCAACACCUUCGAAGCCUAAGUGUUCUGAUGGAUAUCGACGAUGGGACUCUCUAGGACAGAAGCAUAAGAGGAACCAACUAAUUUCCAAACUGGGUUUCAGGAGCGUGUUAUGUCAACUACAGCUGAAUUCAAGAACCAGUUAAAUAAACAACCGAUUUGCCUGAAAUUAUUUCACAAGGAAAACGCACAAAUGAAUGAACGCAAAGGAUACCUCACUGACGAAUUUUAACCGUGUUGAGGCGAUGUAUUUUAAGGCUUGGCUCACAUGGACAGCGUGGUGGUGACCUAAAUAUAUGCUAUAAAGAUAAUAUAACCAGAGGAUGACCAUCUACCAUGAAAACACUGUUCCUUUGAUCUAAAUGAGGGAGCCAGACAGAAGUUCAAUUAAGCAGGAUAAAGUCAAUCCCUAAAAUGGACAACAUUCUGUUAACAUCAUAAGCUGAACACACAGUUCCAGACUUCACACAUUUACUUUAAGCCACAUAGGAUUCUCUGUGAUGAUCCGUUAAUAGCCUUUAAUACAUUGCUGACUCUAUGAUCACUGCCUCUUAGUUUGGGUGUUGUUCAAUACAACACGUUUCCUGUAACCCUUCAGUUGGCAAACCUCAGGGUGACUUAGAAUGGAGCCUUCAACAUUUUUUCAGUGUCCAAGACAUUGGAUGUUGACAGCCAGAACAUAGGCAUAUAUGUGUGCUGUCCUUUACCUGUGGAUGACUGACAACGACAGGGUCCCAUGCUCUGGUCAUGCCCAUCAGCAUAGCUCAGUCUCAGAAUGUCAAAUUGUGAGCUCAUUGAGCUGAAGGAUCUCACCUUGGUUGAUGGCAUUGAGCUGGCCCCCCCACCACCUCCGGCCCCAACAGCCCCUCGGACGCCAAGGCAGGGUCGGGCAGCAGAGCGCCCGAUUUUAGGUGCAGUGGUGCGGCUGGUGGGGGACAGCGUGAGGGUGGAGGAGCCAGCCUGGUUCAGUGGACAACCAGCAGAGGGUCAUGACUUCCAGCCUUGUAGUCAGGCACACCUCUCCUGGUGUGACCUGUGUGGAGAAUUCAUCUGGGGCCUGUACAAGCCGAGUAUGCGCUGUGUCAACUGCCAGUAUACUUGUCAUUACCGCUGUCAGCCCUUCAUACAGCUGGACUGCUGUUCCCAUAGCAGUGCCUUCUUUGACCAGUCUGACCUUUCUGAGGAAACCAUAGAGACAGAUACAAAUGUGGAUGAGCAGAUUGAGUGGGGGAAAAAGGAGCUGACAGCCACUGACAUUCAGAAGAAGGUGAAAGAGUACAAUGCUCAAAUCAAUGGCAACCUCUUCAUGGUCCUUAAUCGAGAUGGCUCCUACACGGGCUUCAUUAAGGUCCAGUUUAAGCUGUCACGUCCUGUGUCUUUGCCCCCACCUCGCCGUAGCUGCUCAACACAUGAUGGUUCUUGGCAGGAGAGUGAAGGGACAACGCGGCGAACGUCCUUCUAUCUGCCGAAGGAUGCAGCCAAGCAGCUCCACAUCAGUUCCCGUACGCGUGCCCGUGAGGUUAUUGAAGCUCUGCUUAACAAGUUCACAGUGGUGGAUAAUCCUGCUAAAUUCGCCCUGUUUGAGCGUGCUGAACGGCAGAACACAGUUUACUUGCGUAAGCUAACUGACGAUGAAUGCCCUCUUCGGCUGCGUCUGUGCGCGGGGCCCAGUGAGAAAUCCCUGAGUCUGGUGCUCAGAGAAAAUGAGACUGGAGAGGUCAAUUGGGAUGCUUUUACCAUGCCGGAGCUUCACAAUUUCCUGCGGAUCCUUCAGCGAGAAGAGGAAGAGUACGUCCGUCAGAUUGUCCGGCGGUAUGCCUUGGCCCGUGAACGGAUGAAAGAGGCACUAACCAACAUCACAGCACCAGGAUGAACAUGGUGCCAGCAUAUCCCAGCAUGUGGAUGGCAUCCAGUAGUGGCUGGAUGUGGCUGUCUACCCCCAGAGACCCAGAGACUAUGUCUGAGCAAAACAGGGUAGACCAGUAACAGAAAGGUGCGGAACAACAGCACAAGAGAGUCGAGUGAAAGGGGAGACUGUACAAACUGAGCGAGGAGACUAUGUGCAUAAUGCUCUUGAUGUGGUUGAUAGCCAUUUGAGACCAGGAAUAUUGACUCUUUUUGUAAAUAGUGAAUGUUAACAAAACAGGUCACCACUUAGCACUGUUAUGGGAACUCCAGACAUGGAAAAUGUUCUAAUGGAAAAAUGUACUGUGGAACAAGAUUAAAUAAUUUAGAUGACAGAAUAUUUAAAUACGUUUAGUUUAGGUUUAUUUAAUUUUUCCUGUUUACAGUGUGAAAACUACAUGAUAUACUUUUUAUUAUAAUUUUAGAUUUUAUUAUUUUGUCCUUAGGCUGAUAAAAUAAUGUAUUUAAGUUACAUUUAUCAAUUCAGUUCAUACACUGGAAAAUGUCAGGCAGUGACAAAUGAUCUGUUUUGGGUGUUUUAAAGUUAAUAAAUAUUUUUAAGACGAA